AUGGCACCUAAAGAAGACUGGGAAAAGUACAAGACGCCCGCCGAGGACGAAACAACAGAAGAAAAGCCAAAUGUGCCACUUUCGGAGGGAGAUAUCCAAGUUUUGAAGACUUACGGCGCUGCACCAUAUGCGGACAAACUCAAGGCUACCGAAAAAGACCUUAAAGAUAUAGAAGCUAGAAUCAAGGAAAAAGCCGGUGUCAAAGAAAGUGACACUGGUCUUGCCCCAUCACAUCUGUGGGAUAUCAUGGGUGACAGACAAAGGCUCAGCGAGGAACACCCCUUGCAAGUGGCCAGGUGCACAAAGAUUAUAAAGCCCGAGGCUUCGGAGGAAAAUACAGGCGAGGAAGACGAAGAGGACUCGAAAUACAUUAUCAAUCUAAAACAGAUUGCCAAAUUCGUGGUGGGUUUGGGAGAGCGUGUCUCUCCCACGGAUAUCGAGGAAGGUAUGCGUGUGGGUGUAGACCGCUCAAAAUAUCAUAUCGAGCUGCCUUUGCCACCUCGUAUCGAUCCGUCGGUUACCAUGAUGACCGUCGAGGAGAAGCCUGAUGUCACCUACAGCGACGUUGGAGGAUGCAAAGAGCAGAUUGACAAACUACGUGAAGUUGUGGAGCUGCCGCUUUUAUCGCCGGAAAGAUUCGCCACAUUGGGUAUCGACCCACCAAAGGGUAUUCUUCUUUAUGGGCCUCCUGGUACUGGUAAGACGCUCUGUGCCCGUGCUGUUGCGAACAGAACAGACGCCACUUUUAUCAGAGUUAUAGGAUCUGAAUUGGUUCAGAAAUAUGUCGGUGAAGGUGCACGUAUGGUCAGAGAGCUGUUUGAAAUGGCGAGGACAAGAAAGGCCUGUAUUAUCUUUUUCGACGAAAUUGACGCUAUAGGUGGUGCUCGUUUUGACGACGGUGCCGGUGGUGACAACGAAGUGCAGAGAACUAUGUUGGAGCUUAUUACACAAUUGGACGGUUUUGAUCCUCGUGGUAACAUCAAAGUGAUGUUCGCAACCAACAGACCAAACACAUUAGACCCAGCCCUUCUCAGACCUGGUAGAAUUGACCGUAAAGUCGAGUUUUCUUUACCAGACCUUGAAGGUCGUGCCAACAUUUUCAGAAUCCACUCCAAGUCGAUGAGCGUUGAGCGUGGCAUAAGAUGGGAGCUGAUCUCGAGGCUAUGUCCCAACUCCACAGGUGCAGAACUGAGGUCUGUAUGUACAGAGGCGGGUAUGUUCGCCAUUAGGGCAAGAAGAAAGGUAGCGACGGAAAAGGACUUCUUGCAGGCGGUCGAAAAAGUGAUCAACGGCUACAAAAAGUUCAGUUCCACCUCUAGAUACAUGCAAUAUAAUUGA